AUGUGCGAACAGCACCUUUACUCAUACUACCGCCGUGACGGUAGUGUGAAAAGUACAGAACGGAUCAUACACUGCAACAAGUCAACAUACAAUCAUGUAUGCACAAAGACAAAAGAAUUCCAGCAUCCUUUUGGCGAGCGUCCUCCCAUCACAAACCAUCACCUGGGCGCUCAGACGUCUUACAUGCCUCCAUCGCCACCUACAUCCGACCUCUCCCACUCAGGCAACGAGUCCCGCAAGAGACAUUCUGCCGUAUACGGCAAUGGACACGAAGGAUUUGGCAUAAAACGCAAGCUAUCCCACCGCGAGAAACGUGCAAAUGAGCAUUUCAUUGUCGGUAGCAGACCUGCGUCACCCAUCACUCCUCCGCGCUCUCCGUUGCGCAACCAUGCAGUUCCAGUCUUUCCGACCCGACAUGCGCACAUCUACAAUUCUGAACCGGGACAAUACGUCCAGACCGCUCGCCCUGCGGUAAGAGUCGAGGUCAACGAGUCUCACCGAUCGCAUCGCACGAGCCGCCACUACGAGUCCCAUCAUCGAUCCCCCUCUCAGGGUGGAUCUAGCUUGUCUGACGAGGAACGCCGACCGCGCAAAGUAAAAUACGAGAUCAGAAAGACAGAGGCAGUGCACUCCCAAAAAAUACAGUCCGAGAUUGAACGCCAAAAUGAGGCGAUCGCAAGCCGGCCAAGUCGACCAGCUGCCCCAGUUUCACCUCAGUCACUGAAUGCACGACGAUACCGUCGCCCCUCGGUAUCGAUAAAGCAGCCAGAUAUAGUCGAUGCGAUGCGCACGCUUCACGUGAGCCAAAACACCAUAGAGGAGGUUGAGAGGGAGCGCAGACGUCAGCUGAAGCACGACCGAGAGCUGCAAGAGCAGCAGGAAGAAGAGGCGCAGCGAAGACGGUUGGUGAGGAGAAUGUCCAGGGCACCGCGGCCUACAGACGGGCUGCGGCGUAGUGCAACAGUUGGGCCUUACAACACAGUCUAUCGCUACUAA